AUGUUUGACGCUUCUUCCAUGCCAUCAUCAUCUAGUAGGGGUAGUGGAGAGGAUACAAGGAAAAAUAGAAUGCUGCAUGGACGUACAUCCAAGGAUUCUGGGAAUGAGAAAAGAAAAAUCCAGAAUCCAAAAGAGCUCCAGUACGGCAAAGUAUCUGCUAAAGAACUGGUGCAAGCAGUUCAUGACAUGCUUUCAACUGCUGGAAUAAAUAUGGAUGUUGACAAGCAAGCACUUCUCCAAACAACUUUAACUCUGCAAGAACAGCUGAAGGAAUCUCAAGUUGCCCUUUUGGUCGAGCAGGUUCAUGAUGUAGGUGAAGUCAUUGGUAUGUCUUAUGCAAUACAUUUCGACAUUGAAGCAAAAUGUAAAGCAUCUACAUCCGCUACCCAUUUCCUGAUUGAUCUCCUCCUUGCAGAGAUCACCGAUAGUUAUGAAGUCGCAUUCGGCACCGUGAUGGAGGCCUUUAGCCGUCUUAAGCUAGCAGCUUUCGGAAGGACAAUGUCCGUGUUCCUUUCCAAUCUAUCUCUGAUAAUUAUUUAG